AUGCCAAGGACUCUGUAUGUGACGGGAGACACGGGAGCAGUCGUUACGUGUGAUAUUUCAAGGAAGCCUUCCAUGCCCAAGAUCUCUGAUAAUAACCAAGCUUUUUAUACUUUGUUUGCUCACUUGUUAGGAUUCAGGUACGGAUCAGGGACACCAUUACCUGCAGAUCACAGCGCGGCAUCGGACGUCUUCAACACACCGACGACAGGCAGGAGUCCGCGGGUGCCCCAGACGAGCAGAGUACCCAUCGCCGAUGAGGCACGUGAAGAGGACAACGAUGGUGAGAAAGGCUCAGAACAUGCAGAUGGGGACCUGGAAGGGGCAGGUGGUCAUGGAAGUCGGUCGGCGUUGAUGAGGGCGCUCCUUAGACCAAAGCCCAUUCCGGGAGUUGAGAAUUUUGGGAUCCCGCCCAGCCCCGAAAGCGAGGUCAAUCCAGACGUUCAGGCCAAGAUCGAGCAGUUCCACAAAGUCAAGACGCGCGGAAUUCAUUUCAACGAGUCUCUGAUGAAGAACAAGAACUUUCGGAACCCGCGCAUCUACCAGACGCUUGUCGAGGCUGCAGGGUUGAACGAGAUCGGAACCAACUUUCCGAAGAGCGAGUUUUUCGACAUUGAAGGUUAUGGACCCGAGUCCUACGCCACUGGAAUCGCCGAAGCUCAGAAGCAAGCGUCUGAAAAAUUGGCGCAGCAGCAGGCGAUGGGCCGAACACAUAUCCAGUUUGUAACUGGAUCGACUGUCCCUCCAGGUGUUGCAAUUGUUCCACCACCGUCUGGUCAACAGGUAGUCCGAUCACAUUCAGGGAUGGCCUCGACCUCUUCGAGUGGCAUUGUUGCCCCUGGUGGUGCGCAAAGGCCACGCAAGAGCAAAUGGGACACGACGCAACCUGCAGCAGAUGACCAGUCCAGCAAACGCAGUCGAUUCUAG